AUGUCAGCAAGGCCAGUCCUGGAAAAUAGCCUUGAACUAGAGAUAAUGAUGAGAAAGCGCAGUGAGCGAUGGCGUCCAACCGUGGCUGCGAUCGCAGGCGGAAGUCUUUCGGGUUUGGGGAACCCGGAACGAUGGUUCUUCCAGAUUCCGAACUGUGCACACUGUCAAGCGCUGGUGAACAACAAGAACAUAAGCAAGGGGAAAAUUGAAUGGGGCAUACGCACCAAUUCAGAUUUAUCAAAUACACCGACUCAAUCUUCCAUACAUGCUAGCCAGGUUGCUAGCAUUUUGUCUCCUUUGUGCUCGCCCUGCCCUCUUGUACAGCAGUUGCCUGUUUUUGGCAAAGCCACAUUGAGACUGUGUUGGCUUGUCCCACGAAUGAAACUAUCUACGUAUUGCACAAGGCCAGAUGGGCCAACAUUCCCGAGGCAACAUUGUGAACAGGAUAAUCCCCGUUGGAUUAUCAGGUCACACCAUAAAAUCAAAGGCUGGAGUCUCUUAUCAUUCUUUCUCCCAGGAUCAUGGAGCUGUUGGUCAAUUCGGAUGGCCGAUUCGACAUGA